AUGAAUCAAAACCAACAAGGCCUAGGACGGCCUCCAAGCUAUACAUACAAUCCCGGCGGCCCCAGAGCCAGCAGUCCUCUACCACCCGGACAACAAAUGGGGCAUCACCCUCCACCUAUCAACACCAGCGGCUACGGCCAACAUCCUGCAUUGCAGGGUGGCGGCGUGCAACCUCCCCAAUAUGGCUAUCAACAAACGUCGCAACAAUCGAAUCUCUACGGCGGACGUAGUCAACCCGUAGAGGUGGAAGCGGCAGGCAGGAGUAAAGCGCAACUGAUAGUGGGCAUUGACUUUGGAACGACGUUUUCCGGAGUGGCCUUUGCCUUUGCGACCAACACUGAAGCAAAAGAAGACAUUAUCACAGAGUGGCCCGGUGCUGGUAAUCAGACCAAGCAAAAGAUUCCUACGGUUCUCUACUACGACCAAUAUCAGAAGGUCGUUGGAUGGGGACCAGAUAUCGCAGAUGCGCUUGCGCCCACAGGAUAUCCAAAGCCAGGCGUGCAGAAGGUGGAGUGGUUCAAAUUACAGCUCAUGCUUUCUGGAAACACCUAUAUCGAUCCUAUCAAUCUACCGCCUCUACCUCCGGGAAAGUCAGAGAUCGAUGUCGCUGCUGACUAUCUCUUCAAGCUCCGACAAGCAAUGCGAAACCAAUUGCAGAAGACAUUGGGUGAGGUAUUCAACAGAGAAGAGCGCAACAUAAGAUACUUCCUAACAGUACCUGCAAUCUGGAACGAUGCAGGUAAAGCUGCGACCCGUGCGGCCGCAAUACAGGCUGGAUUCUUACGGGAUGAGAACGACAACCGACUGACAUUGAUUACUGAGCCUGAAGCUGCUGCUAUGUUUUGCUCGAAAACUGGUCUGCUCAACUUGAAGAUAAGGGAUGCAGUGCUCAUUGUGGAUUGCGGUGGUGGUACUGUAGAUCUCAUCGCUUACGAGGUGGAGGAAGAGACACCAUUUACUGUUGCAGAAUGUACAGCUGGGUCUGGCGACUCGUGUGGAUCUACAGCCUUGAACCGUAACUUCAGUAACAUCUUACGCGCCAAAAUUCGCAAGAUGAAGCUACCAGAUGGCUCCAAGACAGCGGGCAAAGUCUAUGCAAAGUGUAUCAUGGACUUCGAAAAUCGUGUUAAGGCGGAUUUCCGUAAUAAUGGACAAAAAUGGGCGGUGGACGUUGGCAUCGAAGCUGAAUUUCCGGAAGCUGGUAUCGAGGAGGGCUAUAUGACCUUUACGAAUGAGGAAAUCCUACAAUGCUUUGAACCAGUGGUCAAUCGUAUCCUAGAGCUUGUCCGAAAUCAAAUCAUUGCAAUUCAGGCGCAGAAUAGAUUGCUUCAGAAUGUCCUCGUCGUCGGUGGUUUUGGCGCCUCGGAGUAUCUCUUCCAACAGAUCAAGCUUCAUGUUCCACCGCAGUUCCAGGCCAAGGUCGUCCGACCUAUGGACUCAGUCGCAGCCAUUGUGAAGGGAGCCGUCACCGCUGGUAUUACUGAACGUGUCAUCACAUCCCGUGUUGCCCGUCGGCAUUAUCUCAUGGCAACCUUACAGCCCUUUAAAGAGGGGCAUCACCCUGAACAAUAUCGCGUGCCUAGCUUAGACGGAAAGGACAGGUGUAAAUAUACACGACAGAUCUUCGUACAGAAAGGACAGCGCGUCAAGAUUGGCGAACCUGUGAAAGUAUCAUUCUUCCGACAGGUAGCACCAGGGGCAACUUUGAUGUACGAGGACAUUCUGUACGCAUGUGAUGAUGAUGUUUGCCCCGAAUAUACCAAGGAUCCAAGAAUCAAAGAAGUGGUCACUCUUACUUCAGACCUAUCACGAAAGAAUCUUGAGAAGGACUUCGAACGGAUGGACACACCGCAAGGAACUUUUUACCGAGUCUACUUCGAUAUUCUCCUCGCACUUGAUGGUAGCGAAUUCAAUGCUGAGCUUGUCUGCCAAGGCGAGGUCAUGGGUCGCUGCACUGCUCGAUUCCGUUGA